AACAAGUUGGAAUUGUCAGUCGUCUGGCUUCUCAGACUUUCCAUUACAUCGCAUUGUUUUCAAUUCUCUUCUAAGAAAAACUUAACAGCAAUUUGUACAAAUAUUUAUUUUCUAUAAAAUUGUAAAUUUAAAAAUUAUUAAUUAAUUAAGUUUUUUCAAAGAAUUUUCUAGUCUCUAGAAGUUGUGUAUUAAGUGUUGUAAAAAUUUGUGAAAACAUGGAUCUCUUCAACAGUAUAUAUUUAAUUGUUUUAUGAAUAAUUUACCAGUAAAUGACAAAAAUGUUGAUUACUAAGAAAUACAUCAUCUUAAAUUAUUUUAUUAUAAAUAGUAUUAUUUAUCAAAUUACGGCGAACACAAAAUCUUUCAAUGAAUUGGAUGAUGAUAUAGUUCCGGAUGAAUUUUUUAAUGAAAAUUCAUAUAAAAAUGGUGCAGACCUGAUGAUAGUUAAAACUAAACCAAAAGAAAUUCUGUCAAAAACAACAGAUAUUAUUGAUACAACAACGAAACAAGAUAGUACUGAAACUACAGAUAAUCCUUAUACUACUGAUGAUUCGUCAACUCCUACUUCAACUGAUAAACCUGUAGAAGAAUCGGUAGUGACUAAUUAUACAUUAUGUGAAGAAAUGCAGUAUGAAGACAUAAAAGAAGAGAUAUCUAGUUAUGAAAACAAACUGGGUGUAAAGUCUACCUUGACAUCAAUGAAUACAAGCCCUGAUACAAAUUUCACGGUCGGUGAUGUUGUGAUAAAAUCUUCUAAUGAAUCAUCGCUAGUAGUGGCUUGGGAACCUAAAGAAGGAUAUGAAGUUCAGUGGUAUAUUAUUGAAUGGUACAACGCCAAAGAAAACAAGCUUGUGGCAGCUUGCCGCACCGAUAAUGAAACAUUUAACUAUACAAUAACUCAUUUAUUUGCUUGCACAACAUAUGAAGUUCGAGUGUUUCCAGCUACUAAUACCACUCGUGGACAUCAUAAACUUGUAAUAGAUAGUACAGCUUUAAUAGUUGAUAAGGAUUCUUUGAAGUUAACAAGUGGUCCUGAUUGGAUAAAAGUUUCCUGGGCUUUACCAAACAAUGAUUGUAUUAGCAAAAAUAAUUUAACUUACUGUAAUUUUAAUGGUUGCCAAACUGUUCAAACUACUACAACGGCAUAUAAUGUAACUAAUGCAAUCCCAUGCACAAAUUAUAAUUUUACUCUUACUAUAAUUCGUAAGAAUGGUGAAUUUGGAAAUGCUUAUGUCAACGGAUCAACAGAAUUUAUGAAACCUGGAGCACCUUCUUCUGUAUCAACAGAAACUGGAAAGGAUUCAUUAACAGUUAUGUGGACAGCUCCAGUUGGUGCAACUUGUGUGUUUGAAUAUCGAAUAUUAAUCUAUCGACAAACCUCGCCAAAAGAUUUUUUAAUACAAAAUACCACAGAAACUUCAAUCACUUUUUUUGGAUUAAAGACUUGCAGUACAUAUGAAGUUACUAUUAUUCCUGUAGACAAAAAUGGUAAUAACAAUGAACCUGCAAAAAUCACUUCCAAUAGAACGUUGGCACCUGUUCCUGAUAGUCCUUAUUUCAAGUUAGCGAUACCCACUAAUCGUUCUAUAAACAUUACAUGGAAGUUACCAUUAAAUGAAUUCAAUAAUUGCGAGGAUAUUCAAAUAACAACUGAAUGUGUUUCUACAAAAACUUUAGGUCACGGCUAUUCUGGAUUGAACGCAAAUUCUUCAACAAUUAUUUUCAAUGAAAUUACAACGAUUACAGUUGAGAGUCUUUCACCUUAUACAGAAUAUAAUUGUUAUAGUAUUGCUUCUAAUUCGCAAGGAAAUAGUAGCCAAAGUCAACCUAUUCCUGUACAAACUUUAGAAGACGCACCAUCUUCACCAAAAUUAUCAUGUCACAAUUUUACUGACAAUCAAUUUGUUCUUUCUUGGGAGCAACCAGAAUAUUUACCAGGACAUAUAAAAAUGUUUGAAGUCAAUUUGACUUGGUACUAUAAAUUUCAUAUUCCAGUUUGGUGUGGAAACAUUACUCAUUUCAGAAAAAAUAUUACUGGUAUAUCAGGAGAUUCAUCAUCAUUGGUUUAUAAUUAUGCAAGUCCUUAUUCUGUUUACGAGGCUAAUAUUAGAGCCAAGACAGAGGCUGGAUGGGGAAAUUAUAGUGACAAUAAAGUAAUUUUUGAAACGGCACCAGGAGCUUCCGGACCAGUAUCCGAUUUAACUUUCAAUCUAUCCAUGAAUUCUUUUGAUCCUAACAUUCUUGAUGCUUACUUAAUUUGGGGACUUCCUUGUUAUAUUAAUGGACCUGAAAUUGAGUUGUUCAAUAUAACAGGAGUUGGUCAGAGAAAAAAUUUUGAAAACCAUUACAUCAAUGAAACUUUUAGUACACCUUGUUUCAAUGAUACUUGUAGAAAAAAAUUAUCAUUGAAAGACGAAUAUUCAUAUCUAUUUAACGUAUCUGGAAAAGUUAAAGAUUACAAGGAAUUGGGUGAAAUUGUAGAAAUACAAGGCUCAUUUCCAGCAGGCAUUCCACCAUUACCACCAGAUAAUUACACUAAUCAAAUUACCAUUGAUCCAUUCAAAGCACGUAGAACAACAUCUACUGCAACUAUUCUACUUCCACUAUUUCCUAAUACCAAUGGAGAUAUUAAAUGUUAUGCUAUUAUUGUUGCCAAAGCUGGAUAUAAUAAUGAAAGUUUUUCAAGGAUUAAUACUGAUCCUGAAACGUAUUUAGACAACACUGCAUCCUGGUUUGAAUCCAAACAAAAAGAUUUUACGAUACCAUAUCAAGCCAUCAAAUUCUGUGCUAAUACACAUAUUUCGUACGUUGUGGAUUAUGGAAGAUUGAAAGCACUUAAAUUUGUGAUUGGCGAUGAUAUGGAGACAUGUGAAGAAUUAUCAAUGAAAAAAUAUGAAAGAUCUUACUGUAAUGGGCCAUUAAAUCCUGAUGAGUGGUAUGAUGUGAGAAUGAGAGCUUUUACUACUGGUGGAUAUCGAGAUUCUAAAAUAUUUGUUGUUAAGACAAAUGCAGAAAUACAAGUAUCAACCGUCAUUGGAUCAAUUUUAGGUGUACUUUCAUUGGGAAUUUUGAUUACUAUGAUGCUUUUGAUACGAAAAUGUUCAUUACAGAUAGUAUUAAGACGAUUUUUACACUCAGACAUGCCUGGAUCACCAGUUCCAACUCCAUUUAAUAGACGAAAAUUUAUAGCCCACUGUCAACAAUUAGCUGAUAAUCCAGGAAAAUUGAGCAAUGAGUUUCAGUUAUUACAAACAUUGAGUGUUGAUUUACAAAUGCCAGCCAACACUGCGUGUUUACAGGCAAAUCGAAAAAAGAAUCGUUAUACGGAUGUUUUACCAUAUGAUUUUUCAAGAGUUAAGUUAAAUAUCAUUGAUAACGAUCCAAAUACUGAUUACAUAAACGCGUCAUUCAUUAAGGGUUUUAGUGGUAUGGAAGAAUACAUAGCAUGUCAAGGACCAAAAGAGGAAACAACUUAUGAUUUUUGGAGAAUGAUUGAUCAAUAUGAUGUCAAAAUAAUCGUUAUGUUGACUCAAUUGGUCGAGAAAAAUAAAGAAAAAUGUCAUCAGUAUUUUCCUACAAUACGUGAAACUUUUACAUAUGAAAAUUUUUCAAUUCGAUGUUCUUCCGAACUUGAUUAUCGAACUUUUACUCAAAGAACAUUGAUUUUACAAAAAAACGACGAAAAAAGAAAUAUUAUUCAUCUACAUUUCAAAGAUUGGCCGGAUCAUGAUGUUCCUGAGGAUUAUGAUCCGAUGAUAAAUUUCUGUCAAACUGUAAGACGUAAUGCUGCUAUUAAUCGUGGUCUUAUUGUCAUUCACUGCAGUGCAGGGAUUGGUAGAACAGGAACCCUUAUUGCGAUAGAUAUUUUAUUGCAACACAUCAAAGAAAAUAGAAAAUUAGAUGUCUUCGGCACAGUUUAUAGAUUAAGACAUCAUAGAAUAAAUAUGGUACAAAGAGAAACCCAAUACGCUUAUAUUUAUAAUUGCAUAAGACAAGUAUUGAAAAAUCCUUAUUUUUCAAAAAGUUAUAAACCACCAUCAGUGGAUCCUAUAACAGAUAAUAAUUUUAAUAAUAAGAAAAAUGACAACUCGAUGACAAAUCUUGUAAGCAGCCUUGAAACUCUUAAAAAAAAUAGCAUAUCAUCAUCUAUUCAGUCAGCAGAAGAGAUAUUGAAAUCAUCUACAUCAAUGACUUUAUCAUCAUCUUCACCAUCAUUAUCAUCUCCUAUUUUAAAAUCAUCAUCAACAAUAACAGCAACGGAAAACACUCAAUCAAAAAAUCAUUCAUUUUUAACUAGAGGACACCCGUUUUCAAAAUCAACAUCUGCUAUUUGUAUUAAUUCUAAUGAAACUCCAAUUGUCAGGUACAACACAAUAAGUUAUCCAAUAAAUAAAAGUAAUUUAUAUUUAGAAGAAAAACAAACGUUAUUAUCGACAACAUUAUCAAAAAACUUGAAUAGCGAUAGUAGAACUAAUAAUUUUUCCAUACUUCAUCAUUUUUUUAAACCAACUGCGGAAGUUAAUGAACCAAUCGUUUCUCAAAAAUUAUUGGAUACGUCGUUUUAAUUAAACAAUAAAAGUAUAGUAUUAAUAAAUAUUGUU